GUUUCAUCUACCCAGUCAUCCACUCUUUCCUCCAUCAAUCUCUGUAAUUCUUAACUCCUCUCUCCCAGUGUCUUGUGUCGCAUCAGACUAUUAUAUUAUCAUCCCUUAUCAUUGUACAUUUCAAUAUAUAAUUGUAACCCACUAUGGCUGCUCGGCCCAUAUCUUAUGCAGGUCAGCCACCAGGGGCUCCACCACCCCGCCCUGGAGGUAUGGUGUAUCCGCAGCCACAGCCACAACCCCAACCACUCUAUCGCCCACAGCAACAACCACUUUUGCAACAACAGCCUCCCUUGCAGCAUUACCAGCCUCGGCCUCUGCAGCACCAGCAACCACGUUCCGCAUAUUCUACACCACAGCAACAGUAUCUUCCCCAGCACAUGCCAUUCCAGCAAUUGCAUGGUGUUGCAUCGCCUCGACCCCAGUUUGUGCAGCGUCCAGGAUUGAUGAUCGCUCCUUCAUUGCCAUCCAUGCCCAUACCACAAUCACAGCCGCAGAUACAACAACAAAUAUUGCUACAACAGCAAAGACUUCAACAGCAGCAGCAGCAACUACAACAGCAAAUGGGACCUCCUUAUAACCCUAAUAAUAAUAUAAUGGUUUCAUCUGUGGCGAUGCCCGGCGUUGUUAAUGGCGGUGGUGUAGCAGCAGGCCCACCAUUUCUACUAAAGACACCCUCUUUAGGAGCUGCACCAAGUGUAAGCAUUGCUGCGACUACAGGGCUAGGAGGAAUUCGACCAGUCAUAAUGCGUCCACCAGGUGCCUUUACUGCCAGCUCGCCCACUAUGAUUUCAUCGCCAGGCGUAGCUCGGAUACCUGGCACGAUUAUAGCGCCUCAGCGUCCAGUUCUUAUUGCUGCUGGCCCCCCAAGCAUCAUCAAACAACCCUCACGGACUAAAACCCUGCUGGAGCGGCCUGUCCCUGUUAUUCAAAUUAAGCAAAAAACAAACACACUUUUAUCAGACUUUUGGGGCGAUGAUAUGGAUGUGACCAAGGAUGGACGAGUUAUUGAUCGAUCUGAGCGGGACUCUUCAAAAUCACCAAAUGGCAACAAUAACGACAGUAAGCAACGAGUACGACAGACUGGGAUUGUAGUUGGGAUAGACUUUGGAAAUACUUUCACCGGCGUUUCAUAUGCUCAUCAAGGUGAUGGCGAAAUGAUCGAUGUCGUCAAAUGGCCAAGACACCUGAAUGCAUAUGCCAAGGUACCUACAGUCAGUCUGUACAAGACUGGUGACGACAAGGCGUUUAUAGACUGGGGAUCGUCGGCGCUUUCUACCUAUAAACGGUCUAAAACUGGCAAGGUGCUCAUUCGAGACUAUAAACUUUUACUAUUUGAUCAAGACGCGCGCGGUAAACUUGAAAAUGGACUUCAUCUCAUGGAUGUAAUUACGCAGUACUUGAAGAGUGUCCAUCGUCAUCUCAUGGAAGAGGUUAACAAAUCACAGGUGCGCGCUGCAGAAUCUGUCCCUAUCCAUUACUGCAUAACAGUCCCACAAGCUUGGACAUUACCGACCCGAGAACUGAUGUUGAGGUGCUAUGUCGAAGCCGGAAUCAUUUUACAGACACCGGCUCUUAAUAUGACUGUUAUCACUGAAGCAGAGGCGGCUGCCACGUAUUGCCGCGAGAAUUGUGAGGAAUUUGAGCAGCUUAAGGAUGGGGAUAUCUUUAUGAUUUGUGACGCAGGAGGGUUGACAACAACAGUCACUGUAUUCAGAGUGGAUGAUGGUCUAGGUGUCCGUCAGUUUGUGAGGAUGUCAAAUUCACAUGCUGAAAACUGUGGAUCAGUCAUACUAGACCGUCUAUUCCGGGAACUGAUUUUGAAGAAGCUGGAGGGACUAGAUAUAGAGGACGAGGCAAAACCUACAAGGCAGAAGGCGUUUGAAACAUUAUUGGAAGGUUUUCGAGAGAUCAAGUCACAGUUUGAUGGCAAUUCAAGGGAUGAAGUCAAGCAUAUCUCAGUCCCUAUGGGGCUCGAUAUUAAGGAUAUGGAUCCACCGCCUCCAUGGCUCGAAGAUGAAUAUAUGUCCCUGAAAGGCCAGGAAUUAUGCGAUCUAGUGUUCGAUCCUGUGAUCGAGAUGGUUCAAGAGUUAGUUAAUGCACAGUCCAAGACUCAUCCAGUCUGCGCAGGCCUGUUCAUGGUUGGUGGAUUUGGUGCCAACAAAUAUCUGUUACAUAAACUAGAAAGCGCAGCAGAAAAGAGUCGAAGCAAAUCAACAGGAAGCGUGAUCAAGAAGGUUGUCAUGGUUCAGAAAGCAGAGCUUGCAGUUGCUCGUGGUGCGGUCAUUUAUGGACUCAAGAGUGCAUCGCAAUAUACCAAAGCAUUUCUAUGA